AUGAAAAACAUUUUAAAAAACUAAUCAAGUAUUAAUAUAAAAAUGAAUAAUAUUAAAUAAAAUAAAAAGUUAACUUAUUAUUUUUUGAUAACAUUGAGCAUUCAUAUUCUAAAAUAAUAUAAAGUAAAUGCGAACUAAAUAAAUAACAUAUAGCUAAAAAAUUUUAUGAUGAAAUUGAAUUCAAUUGUCCGGUUAAAAUACACUUAAUUAGAAUUGUAAAGCCUGGAUAAGAUAUUCACUAAUAAUUUAAAUAAUUAAAAACAGUUACAGAUAAGGAUAGAUAAUUUAAAAGCCUUGAAAUUUAUUAUAAAGAAAUUCAAUAGAUUAAUUCUCGAUAUAGAUUAAUUUUAAAUUAAAAAAUAAUUUCAGAAAGCAAAACUUUAAAUUAUGAUGUUUUAAUUCCUAUAUAAAAUGGAGUUUGUACAAACAAUCUUAUUUUUAGAGGAGAAUAUGUUAAAUUAACUACUAAUAGACAAAAUAAAAUAAAAAUAUAUAUUUUCUGUAUUAAUCAUUUUUUUUCUUAUAUUUUUUUAUUUUAAAUAAAAAAAAAAUCUUUUUUUAAAGAUUUUUUUUUUUUUUUUUAAAAAAAAAUAAAAAAAAUUAUAUUUUUAUUUAAAAUUAUAUAUAAUUAAUUUAUAAAAAAUAGUGAAAAAAUAAUAAAAAAUAUAAAGAAAAACAAUAUAAAGAAGAAAUUUUAAGUAAAAUAUAAUAAACUAAUAUCCCCUAAAUAAUAGCAUAGGAACAAAUUAUAAAUAACAUAUAAAAAAAUAACAAUAUUACCAUAAACUAUGA